AUGCAGGCCGCGCAAAACAAAGGCCCCAAGGCCUGCACGACCUGCGCAAAAGCAAAAGCGCGAUGCAUUCCCGGCAACACAGACGGCGAUAAAUGCGAGAGAUGUCAAAGACUGAAUAAAGAAUGCUUCUCCCGUCCGCCGGCCCCGCCGCGCAUCAAGAAGCGGCCCAAGCGGUCCAGGGUCGCAGAGCUGGAAAAGAGACUGAACGAACUGUCCUCACAGGUCGGCCAGGGCCACGCGAGACUGCCUACGCCCGAUGAUGCGGCCACCAAUUCAGAACGCGCCACAUCGAGCGCCAAGACGGUCAAGAGCGGCGACCUCCAGAGCGACCUGGUCGAGAUUGUCAACCUGCAGCACUGGUUCCCCAACACGGCCAGCUCGCCCGGCGGCGGCGGAGGGGCCGGAGGCGGCGGCAAGGAAAAGUCAGCAUCGCCUGCCGGCUGGGAGGCCGAGGCUUUUCAGCACAUGGAUUCCAUCUGGCCGCUGCCCGAGGACGCCACGGGCCUGCUCGCCGACUACCACGAGCUCUGGGCCGUUACCUUUCCCUUUAUUAUUGUGCCACCCGACAUGACGUCGGAAGACCUCCGGGACAAGCGCCCGUUUCUGUGGAAGGCCAUCAUGCUGACGGCGACCUUUUUCGACGCCGCGCGCCAGACGCGACUCGGCAGCGAGCUGCUCUCGGACAUUGCCCGCGCGGCCGUCGUCGAGGGCGUAAAGACGCUAGACUUACUGCAGGGCAUGCAACUGCUCAUUGCCUGGUACCAAUAUGCCGUCAAGGGCCAUCAGCUCACAAACCUGCUCUUCCUGGCGCGCUCCAUGUGCGUCAACCUCAGCUCGCCCAACUGCGAUCCGCUACCGAGCGACGCGCGCUACUCGCAGCUGGACCCAUUGAGAGCAUACGCCGCUACAUAUUAUAUAAAUACAAUCGUGUUUGCCACAAAUAAAAAGACAGACGUCUUCAUGAACACAUCCCACGUCGAGCUGUGUCUCAAAACCCUGGAGAAUGCAGCAGAAUAUCCUUCGGACGUGUUUCUCAUCAAACUCGUCAAAUCGCAGCAAAUUGCUCAGAAUAUCGCUCUCACCAUGUCGUUUGACCCGACCCAGCAACUGCCGCUCCCCAUUCCAGUCAUGGUACAGACGUUUCAAGAACAGAUUAAAAACUUUCGCGAAACGCUGCCCAAGCAUUUACAAGACGAUGCAUCAUUGAAUGGUCAUAUACUCAUCUCCGAAAUCCUCCUCACCGACAUUGCCCUGUCGGACCAGUACUGCGGCCCGGCCAGCAUGCCGGUCGAGGCGCGCCUCGAGAUGCUCUGGUCGUGCAUCCGCUCCCUGCGCGCCUUUUUCCGCGCGCGCUUCCUCAACCGCGACAUUGACAAGCCGCAGUACGUCAACCUGACGACGUCCGACGUCGCCUACAGCCUCAUCACCAGCAUCAAGCUGCUCACGCUGCAGCUGCCCGGCUGGGAUCCCAAGCACGUCGCCUCGGAGCUCACCAUCACGCACAUGUUGCACUGGCAGAUCAACGACCUGGCCCUCAUCAUCGAGAAGCGCCGCGCCGAGCCCACCACGGCCGCCAGCACCGCCGGCGGCGGCAAGGUCGCGCCGCCUAUUGCCGAGGACCCCUGGGAGCGGCUCCUGCGCCUACUCUUCAACGCCCGCGAGCUCGUCAACCUGCAGUGCCACUCGGGCGACAUGGCGGCCGCCGCGGCCGCGGCCCUGCCUGGAAUUCCCGGCCCGCCGGGGUCUUCGCAGACGCUGCUGGGCGAGCUGGAUGAGUCCGUGUGGUUUGACAUUGUUAACGAGACGGCCUGGAACAUGAAUGAUGAAAUCAUGUCUGGUUAG